AUGUGCUCUAAAUACAACUCUGAGUUCAGCCACAUUGAUGAACGGAUGGAUUUUGCCCCGUAUUAUGUUCAACGAAGAGCGCUUGCUCCAGACUCAUCAGAGGAUAACUUAAUCAUCCGCAGCAUGCGAGACAGAUCCUACAAGAUGGUGGACUAUCUAAAUCCCACUGGGAAAGAUAGCCAUAAAAAGCUGAGACAGACCACCCUGCCUGUUUUGCGUGCAGCAGUCAGCAUUCAGGUUCGUGAAAAUAUGGGCUGGAUUCUGGAUGAAAAGACCCGGAAGAUAGAUCUGAGACUCAGGGGAUAUACCGGCCAGCCCAGUGAUGCACGGGAAUAUCUUCCAGUGGCUGUGAAUGCGGGGGACUCAGCACUGGUUAAGCGUCUUGUGGAAGCCGAAGGUGUUGAUGUCAAUGCUUGCAGUGUUGUGUUCAAAAGACCUUUGUUCAAUGCCGCAAGCCAAGGUCACCUAGAAAUUGUGCGGUAUCUCCUAGGAGGUGCUCAUUUGGAUCCUGAUAUACGAUUGGCAUAUGAGAAAGAGGUCAAAGACAAAUACUUCUAUGGGUAUGAAUAUGUGGAAUAUCCAUAUCCCGAUACCCCCCUGGAAGCCGCAGCAUUAAGAAGAAACGGGGAUAUGGUACAGCUGCUACUAUCACACUCUGGAACUAAUCUCUCAAAAACAUCAUACAGCUAUCUUCACGCAAUCGAGCAUGCAGCAAGGAGUGGGAACAUUGAUACAAACGGGGCCUCUGGAGACUGCGACUCUGAAGAGGCGCCGCUUCUACUAGCGUCAGAGUACGGCUUCCCCCAGACUGUGGCAUUGCUAUUGGAUAAAGGUGCCUCGAUGCCUCCCAUGGAGACCUAUGUUCUGCAACGGGCAUCAUCUAUACGCUCGCCAGUCGAUUGCAUUAGGGUCUUUUUGAAAAAGGGUCAUCAUAAGAGAAGUCAAGAUGGGGGAAAGGCAGCUCUGAGGGCCCCAGUGAGAAGAGGGCGACAGGGGGUCGUGGCCCCUUUUAAGACAUUCGGGAUUACAUUGGAUGAGUGA